UUUGUGAUUCAUUUUUAAUGCACAAUUUCUUUUUAUUUCGUUUAAAACACAAAGUUUGCUGAAAUAUACGGGAACAAAAUACACGGAAAUAUUAUUCGCUAGAUAUUAGCUAUAGUCUAUAGUAUAUUUUUCCAAGAAUUCAAUUGUAUUAGUGCGGAAAUAUUUAGGACAAAAAAGUAUGUCUUCGUUAUCAGCAUCGGCUGAAAAUGUUUCCUCAGGAACGGGCGGUGGUAGCGGUUCAGCAGCCGGAGGUAUUGGCAGUGGCGAUGCAAAUACACAAGACGGUGCUGGCUCCAGCAUGUGUUUGGAAUUGGCUCUGGAAGGCGAACGUUUAUGCAAAGCAGGUGAUUGUCGGUCAGGUGUGGCAUUUUUUCUUGCAGCUAUAAGAGCAACAACUGAUGACCUUCGUACCUUGAGUGCAAUUUAUUCACAAUUGGGCAACGCCUACUUUUAUUUGGGCGACUACUCGAAGGCCAUGCAAUAUCAUAAAUUGGAUUUAACAUUGGCACGUUCCAUGAAUGAUAAACUGGGGGAGGCAAAGUCGUCGGGCAAUCUGGGUAAUACAUUUAAGGUAAUGGGUCACUUUGAUGACGCUGUCAUUUGUUGUGACCGCCACUUAACGCUUGCCAGACAAUUGGGCGACAAGCUGUCUGAGGGUAGAGCUCUCUACAAUCUUGGCAAUGUUUAUCAUGCCAAAGGCAAACAUUUGGGUCAGCGUAAUCCCGGAGAUUUUGGCGAUGAUGUCAAAGAAGCUUUAACCAAGGCGGUUGAAUAUUAUCAAGAAAAUCUAAAGUUAAUGCGUGAACUUGGAGAUCGUGGAGCUCAAGGUAGAGCUUGUGGCAAUUUGGGAAAUACUUAUUAUUUGUUGGGUGAUUUUCAGGCUGCCAUAGAACAUCAUCAAGAACGUUUGCGUAUUGCUCGAGAGUUCGGCGACAAAGCUGCCGAACGUAGAGCCAAUAGCAAUUUGGGUAAUUCUCACAUAUUCCUGGGGCAAUUCGAAGAAGCCGCUGAUCAUUAUAAACGUACUUUAGCUUUGGCCAUAGAAUUGGGAGAACGUGAGGUAGAGGCCCAAUCCUGCUACAGUCUAGGCAAUACAUACACGCUUUUGCGCGAGUUCGAAACGGCCAUAGAAUAUCACAAACGGCAUUCCGAUAUAGCUCAGGAAUUAGGUGAUCGUGUGGGCGAGGCACGCGCCUGUUGGUCUUUGGGUAAUGCCUAUUCGGCCAUAGGGAAUCAUAAGAAAGCUUUGUUUUACGCUGAAACUCACUUACAAUUGGCCAAAGAAUUACACGAUCCGGUGGGUGAAAGUACAGCCCGGGUGAAUAUUAGUGAUUUACGUAAAUUACUGGGAUUGCCAGAAGGCGCCCCCUCACCAGUUGAAGGGGAAGAACGCUCAAGUAAUACCGAUCUAUCACAAGACAGUGAUGCGCAGAAUGCUGAUUCAGAUAACUCGCAAGGAAGAAUGAUACGCGUCCGCCGCCAAAGUAUGGAACAAUUGGAUUUGAUUAAAAUCACACCUGAUGGUAAACGCGCUCAAAAACAAGACACCAAAGUACGUCCAAUCAAAGCUCAAGAUGAUGAUUUCUUUGAACUACUGUCCAGAUCGCAAUCCAAACGCAUGGAUGAUCAACGUUGUUCGAUAAAAAUCAAUAAAGGUCCAACAAAUGCUUCUGGAGCUGUUGCAGCUACUGGAGCUACACGCAAACCUCUACAGCAACAUAACUCUUUACAAACAAAUUCAGGUUUUCCAACAAAUGAAACAUCCACAACUAAUGGUGCCAAUUGCCUUCCCGGUCUUAAAGCCGCUGGUGGUGCAACAAAUGCCAGCAGUGCCAAAAGCUCUGCAACUUCAGGAAAUGCAGCUCAUCCACCACUCACACGUAGUGCUACAACUAUGGAACAAGUUGAUGAUGCUUUCCUGGACAUGUUAAUGCGUUGCCAAAGUUCACGGCUCGAAGAGCAACGUUCUGAAUUACCGAGACCAAAUGUACUCAUUGAUGCUGAAACUCAAAAUCGCAAUCGACCAAGUGGUGGCCGUGGCACAACCGUACCCGAUGAAGAUUUCUUUUCGCUUAUUAUGAAGGUACAAAGUGGACGCAUGGAAGAUCAAAGAGCAGCUAUACCCAUAACACGACGUGAUGCUUCUGGCAGCUCUAACAGCAACAACAAUACAAAUAACAACCAGAGUAACAAGUAAUAAUUUAGCUAGAUUUAUGUACUAAUCCAAAAAGAAACAAGUAACAAAAACACUCUUUUUUAACUCUCCAUUACCAUUUCGUUCAAGUGAUUCCAUUUUAUAUUAAAUUAUUAUAUUGUAUACAUACAAGCUUACUUUCUAUGUAGGUAUAGAAAUGUGUAUUCUUUUUCAUACAUUCUUUGUUUAAAAGCUUUUAUUUUUUUUCUUUUACAAAUAUAUUUAUACUUUUUUUUAUAACAAAAGAAUAUUAACAUUUAUUUAUUUUAUAUAAAAUUUAUAGUUAUAUACUUACUACACUACACUCGUAUAUAAAAUAUAUUUAAUAAUACAAGCCUACAAACAUACAUUAUAUACUUAUAUGUAUUAUUAUUAUUAAUCCGAUAUUUAUAAAAUCAAUUGCACUUGUUACCCAUUCCCAUUUUACUUUACUCUUUUUUACUACAUUUUUCCUUCAAUCAUUUUACAUUUUACAAAUAUUUAUACCUUUUUAGAAUUUAUAUACAAUUUUAAAAGAAAUUUACAACUUUUUCAAAAUAUGAAAACUGAAAAGAUAUGAAUCAAACUCAAUUUAAAAUAUCACACAAUAAAUGGUUUAUUUUCUAGUUACAUAAUAGCGAAUAAUAACAACUACAACAACAACAUGAUUUUUAUCUACUAAUAAAGAAUAUAACACAAAAUAAAGUAUAAUUACUUAUUUUAAGUCAGCUCUAAACAAAAAACAAAAAAAAAAAACAUA